AAUGGCCCAUUCAGGUUAUUAGAUAUUGAUUAAAUAAACUUUUAUAUAAUUAUACUUCACAUAAAAAAAUAAACCGUUUCGCUCAGAUCUAACAUUAAUUAGGUGCCUGCAUCACAGCGACCUUAUUACCGAAUCAAGAAGUAAUGACUACAUAUAUAAUAUUAUAUUUGUUUUUAUAUUUAUUUCAGCUGAUGGCUUUCUGGGACGUUGUACAUUUUUUAAAUGACAACAGUGUUGAGGCAGUUCCACAUAUAUGGUUUAAAAACAAGACAUGUGCUUGGCCUAAAGAUCCAAAACAGAUUAAAAAAUUCAUAGAAAAGCGUAAAAUACCAAAUGAGAAAGAAUUUGUAUUUUAUCCAGCCAGAAAAUUUAAAGAAAAAAGUUAUGAAAGUUUAUCAGAAGCUAGAUCAAAGUCAAUUAAAGCAGUACAUAAUUCUGAUUUAUCCACCACAGAAGACGAUAGAGUCAAAAAUAAACGAUUAAGAAGACGAAAAUGUUUAAGUUUAUCUCCUAACUUGAAAAAAAAAAUAUCCAAGUCAUCACAUAACAUAACAGCUGAUACCUUUCCACCAAGAUACAGACUGAAGAAAGAGCAUGUUACUCCAGAAAAAUCUGAACUUAAAGUUAAAGAUUAUGAAGAUAACAGUAGUGCAGAUGAUUCUGACAAAGAUUCAACUUGGAAACCUAUAACUAACUCCGUAGUAUUUGAUAAAAUCUCUGACAACGAUGAUAGCGAAGAUGAUUCUGCUGGAAAAAAGUACUUGCCUCCAGGGGAAAAAUUUAGUUAUAGACGUUAUGGCAGUAAUUCAGAUUUAUUAAGCUCUCCUGCAAGUGACAAUAUUAAAAUUGUAUCUGAUACAAAUAAAAUAAACACAAGUGAUCAUGAAAUUCAGUUCAUCAAUACUUCUAAUGGCAAAUGGAGUGUAGAAAAAGACGAUGAUACAUCUAUGAUUUUUCAAAAAAGUAUUGAUGGUAAUAGUAUGCGUAUAAAAAGAGUAUUAUUUGCAAAUGACGAAGACAAUAACAGUAAGAAAUCAGGUAGGUAUAGAUUUGAAAAUAAAUUUCUUAUUAUUUCACUAUUUAAAACAACAUUUAAAUUGUUAGAUUCUACGACAAGCAACUUGAUAAAAGAAAAACUUGAUUCGGGAAACAGUGCCAUUAAUGAUAAUAAUUCUAUACGGCUUAAAGAAACAGAUAAUGAUUUUCAAAAAUUUGUCAUGAACAAUUUAAUAAAUUUGAAGUAUGAAAUUGGCUUAAUGAGUAAUAUGGUUCGAUCAAAUUAUACAAACAUUGAAGCCUUAAUGAAUAUUAGUAAUAAAAAUCUAAAUUCAACAUCAUCAUGUAAUGAUAAAUUCAAUAUUGAUCAAAUAUUGCCAGUUAAAAGUGAAAGUGAAUUAAAAGCAUUGGAAGAUAACCUCAAGAUUGAUGAUUUUAAGACAUCAAUGGUUACCAAAUUAUCAGUUUUAAUUAAUAACAAUGACUUGGGCAACAGUGUUCGAAGAGUAGUUGGACGCAUGUUUAACGAUAACAUUUUGUCAUAUUAUUCAUUAUUUGGGUUCAAACAAAAACUUUCAUUUUCAAGUCUUUUGAGUUAUCGUGUGAUAAUAGAUUCAAUCAGGAAAUCAGUUAAAUACAACAAUGUUCCAGAAAAAGACAUAGAUAACUGUUUGGGUACUUGGCUGUCUCAUGCACCUUUUAGAAUUAAAAAAAAAAGAAGCAAAAAAUCUCAAAUGAUAAUUAUAGUUAUUAAAAAUGUAUUAAUAUUUUGGCCUAACCUAUACAUGGUAGGUAUUAACAUCGAAGAUAAAAAAGAUUCUGAAAUGAAUGCUAUAGCUCGUAAAUUGAAAGAAAAAUAUAAACGAAAUGCAACAGCUGCAGCAAAACAAAAGGCUGCUCCUCCAGCUACUAAUAAAACAAGCAAUCAAGAAAUUAUGACCAACAAUUGUGUAUAUAUUGAGAGCAUAAAAGGUAGAUUUGCUUGGGAGUUAAUUGGAGGAUGCGACAUACCCUAUAUUGUACGAGUAAUUAAUGCUGUACCCGAAGCUGUACCCGCAAUUGUACCAUAUUGUUCUAUAGAUGGUAACAAAUUUGUUCCAAUAUUUUACUUUGAGGGCGAUACUGAACGUUUAAUUCCUCUGGCUGUAAAAUUAGGAAAUUGGAACUUGGCCUAUGUCAAGUUCUGCUGUUAUUUUGUUCAGGUUCUCAAAAAUGAGUUUCUGGAUAGUGUCUCUUGGGAAAUGUCAUCUAACCGUGUCAAUCCACUUGGUGUCUGGUUCAGAACAUCCCUUGACGUAUUACCUGCUGAAAUUACUAUUCCUCGAAGAAAUCGAAGUAUUGCUCCCCAGUGCAAUAAUACGGGUUAUUCAUAUACCAUUCAGCCACAGCCCCAGACUCAGCCUGAGAAUCAGUCGCCAUCAACAUUUAAUAACUACCUUCUUGCAAGAAGAAAUCGAAGUAUUGCUCUCCAGAGCAAUAAUACGGGUUAUUCAUAUACCAUUCAGCCACAGCCCCAGACUCAGCCUGAGAAUCAGUCGCCAUCAACAUUUAAUAACUACCUUCUUGCAAGAAGAAAUCGAAGUAUUGCUCUCCAGAGCAAUAAUACGGGUUAUUCAUAUACCAUUCAGCCACAGCCCCAGACUCAGCCUGAGAACCAGUCGCCGUCAAUACUUCAGAACUACAUUCUUGCAAGAAGAAAUCGAAGUAUUGCUCCCCAGUACAUUAAUACGGGUUCAAUGUCGCAAAGUAGUGGUUUGCGAGUCGGUGCGGGUCAUGUUGUUCGACUAACGCCUUUAGUCCGUUUUGCCGUACAAUCCAAUACGGCACCAGUAUUGAAUAAUGUUGGACCAAUUAUAAUUACUCCACCCAAAAAAAAAAAAUUGACUUGA